AUGGCAUCAAGAACAAUAGCAAAAAUUGCAACAGGUAUUAGUACAUCAGAUGGUGCUGGUGUUAAAUUAAAAAGAGUUAUUGGCGGACCAAUUAGCGAGUUGGAUCCAUUUUUACUUUUAGACGAGUUUAAAAGCGAUAAAGCCGAUGACUAUAUUCAAGGUUUCCCAACCCAUCCACAUAGAGGAUUUGAAACUGUAACAUAUAUGCUCGAAGGUUUAAUGGAGCAUAAAGAUCAUAAAGGUAACCAAGGUAUGUUAAAACCAGGCUCAGUACAAUGGAUGACAGCUGGAAAAGGUAUUAUUCAUAGUGAAAUGCCAAAACAAAGCAAUGGACUUUUACAUGGUUUUCAAUUAUGGGUUAAUUUAAGAAAAGCUGAUAAAAUGAUAGAACCAAGAUAUCAAGAUAUUCCAGCCAAACAUAUACCAGAGAUUCCAGAAGAAGGAGGCGGUAAAACUAGAGUUAUUGCAGGUUCCUAUAAAGGUGUUACAGGACCAGUUCAAGGUAUCAAAACUGAUCCAUUAUAUUUGGAUGUCAAAUUAGCACCAGGAUCAUUAUUUUCAGAAAACAUCCCAGUUGGUCAUAAUGCCUUUGUUUAUGUAUUUGAAGGUUCUGGUCGUUUCGGUCCAAAAAAUAAUUCAAAAGAAAUCAAAACAUCACAAAUUGGUGUAUUACAAGUUCAAGGUGAUAAAAUUGAUGUCAUUUCUGGUGAACCAAAUGGCGUACGUUUCCUUCUCGUUGCUGCAGCUCCAAUCAAUGAACCAAUCGCUAGAUACGGUCCAUUUGUAAUGAACACACAACAAGAAAUUAACCAAGCUUUUGACGAUUAUAGAAAUGGUCGUUUUUAA